UAUGAAAACUUCUCCCAUAUAACUACUCCUCUACACAAAUCUCCCCACCAUUUAGCUCCACACUGUACUCUACUUCAAUGGACGGAAAGUCAAAUCUUUGCUUUCAAAGUUCAAAGUCCACCCACCAAACCAAAACCUUAAUCCCAACACCAAUUCCCUGGGGAAAAAAAUGAGGGAUCAGAUCGAGCUCAGUCGGAGGUAUAUUCCCCUUCUUCCUUCUCAGAGUCGGGCGAAGCGGAAGGGCGCCGGAUCGCGGACGUGGCUCGUCGUCUCCAAAUCAGGCCAGGUCAGCGUCGAAGAAUUGGGGAAGCAGACGGUCAUGCGCCAGAACGGAAUCACGGCGCGAGACCUGAGGGUGGUCGAGCCGGAGCUCUCGUACCCGUCUACGAUCCUCAGGAGGGAGAGAGCGGCGGUUGUGAAUUUGGAGCAUAUCAAGGCGAUUGUAACUGCCAACGAAGUUCUGGUUCCGAAUCCUAGAGACCCUCGUAUCGCUUCGUUUGUUUACGAUCUCGAGUUCAAGCUCUCUGACUUCGUUGCUACUAUGAGAAGCGAUAAUUCUAUGGAGCAAUCACCCACAGAUACGCCACCAGAAGCAAGUGGUAGUAGGUGUGAAGAAGCCCCAGCUGAUCAGGUCGAUUCAAGGAGGGGAAAUUCAAAACCUUUACCUUUUGAGUUUCGAGCUCUUGAAAUUUGCCUAGAAUCUGUCUGCAAGAGCCUUGAAUCUGAGACUUUGACGUUGGAGGAAGAGGCAUAUCCUGCUUUGGAUCAAUUGUCGGCCAAAACCAGUACAAAUAAUCUCAAACGGGUGAGAGUCAUUAAAGGUCGUUUGGUUGCUUUGAAUGGACGUGUGCAGAAGGUGAGGAACGAAUUUGAACAUCUACUGGAUGAUGACAUAGAUAUGGCUCAGAUGUACUUGACGGAUAAGCUUGCCACCUUGCAAUCUGAAGGCUUGGUGCCUGAGGAUGAGAUAGAUGAUGAUGAAGAAGACGUUCUUUUAGCGGGUGGUGCUAUCGAUGGAAACAUGAGCAGCAAAAGCAGCACUGUAGCUGCCAGUGAUCUCAAGCCCAAUGUAGAAGAGUUGGAAAUGCUAUUGGGAGCCUACUUUGUGCAAAUUGAGGGAAUCUUAAACAAACUAUCAACAUUGCACGAAUAUGUCCGCAACACUGAGGACUACAUCAACAUCGUUUUGGACGACAAACAGAAUCAACUUCUACGAAUGGGUCUUCUUAUCUCUAUGGCAACUUUCAUGAUCACUUUAGCAGAGGUGGCUUUUAGUUUCUUGAGCAUGAAUAUCGGAGUUCGUCUCUUAGUUUUUGGAACCUAUACCCAAUGGUUUGGAGCCGUUGGAGGUUGUUUGGUUUGUUCUGUCUUUCUUUAUAUCGUGGUUAUCUUGGUGUUGAAGUGGUUUAGAUUUCUUGGUUGAGGAGUAUCUUGUAAUUUGCAUCGAUAACUGUUAAUAGAUUCACUAUCUGUCUCAAAACAAACGCAACUAAGACGUGUUGGAUACGAUGUGUUGUAAUGAUAUCUGUGAAGUCUACACCCAAAAAUUUGAAUGACAUAUUUUGAAUGUUUCUGUUCU